UCGCAGUGAGCAACUUGCAUGAGCGACUGGUAACCUAUUUAUUCCAUUAUUCUACUGGAAACGCGAGACACACAAUUGAAGCGAGCGUCCUCACCAAGAACAGAAACCGAUUGAAAGUGAAGAGGACAGGUUGGCAAAGUCAAAAACAAAUAAACACAGCAACACAGAGAACAGUAAAAUGGGGAACGUCUUCAGCACCAGCACGGGCGACACCAGUACAGCACUGCAUGGACUGUCGUCGCCGCCCUCCCCGAGGAGACUCGAUGAGAAGCAGAACUCGACGUCGGACACGACGAUGUCUUCAUCCCAGGACAGCGACGACAGUAACAGUAUUAUCCAACAGACCCCAGGCCGACGCAGACGAAGAGAGGGCUCCGAGAGCGUAGCGAGUCCCCUGGAUACGGCUGACACCCGCCACAUCAAUGGCGCAGUGGGUAGGAGGGGAUCCGUCGCCUCACCGCUCUCUUUCGUAAACAGCGUACUCACCUGGUUCAUGUCUUGCACAGGCAGCUCCUCCAUAUCCAGCCACGCAGGCGACCAGCUGGACUACGACGAACGUUACUUGAUCGAGCAGAAGCAUCGUGCCUUUUGGGAACUGGUGCAGCGGAUCCUUGAGCUCAAUGAUGUGGUGCUUAUGAUUCGCCUACUGCUCGACUUCUUGCAGGACGAUCUCGGAGCAGCAGCGGCGGCUGUCUUUCUAGUAGAUCAGAACUCGCAGAACAUGUCCCGAAUCACGCGCGGCGCACCGACUCAGUCCGGUUUGGCCUCGUCACGAGGGUUGGUGGGCGAGGCGCUGAAGUCACGGGUAGCACAGUUCUUAGUAGACUUUAGUUCGGAAGAAGGUUACGAUCCCGACGUGGAUUUGGCACAGGAAUAUCCAGGACAGAAACUUUUCUGCGUUCCUUUGAUGGAACACGAGGCGGUGUAUGCGAUCAUUGAGGCCUCCACUACUCACUCUACGCGCCGUGUGAUGGAUGAGCUACAUGUGAAGCUGUUGACGUGGCUUGGACCGAUUUUGAGCUCGUGCAUGCGGAAGUGUAUCGAAUUCCACGACGUACUGCUUUCAGAGCGCACACAGAAGGCACUGCUGCAUAUUAUUAGCUCAUCGGAUACGGAGGAUACAGUGCUGAAUCUCGUGGACGGUGUGAUCGAUGGAGCGUGCCAUAUCACCAAGGCUGAGCGUGUUACUUUGUUCAUGAUUGACUGGGAGACGGACGAGCUUUGGUCACUUUCGUCCAGCUACUGCGACGAGACCAUACGUGUCCCUCUACGAGCGAGCAUGUUGGGCCUAGCAGCCACAACUCAGCAAACGCUCAAUGUUCGAAACCCAAAGUCAGACCGUCGUUAUAACUGGAUCACAGACGACCGAGAAGGAGUUCACACGCGCUGCGUGCUGUACGUUCCGGUGGGAAUUCAAGAAUCCUCAGUGAACGCUGAAGGGGGAUCUGCGGGUAGCAAUCGACCCAUUGGUGUGCUGGAGAUUAUAAACAAGGUAGAGGAAAAAGCUCCUGCUGGGAUGAGUGCAGGAAACUGCCCAGGGUUUACCUUUGACGACGAGUGUGCUCUUGAAGCUUUCGCAUGCGAAGUUGCAGUCAUCCUACGGCGACGCUGUAACGAAAUCGAGUACAUCAAGCUGUUGGCGGACACGCGAGCUGAGCAGGUUCUGGCGAAGCGUGCUCGAAGUCAAGUAAAUCUGCUCGAGUGCUACACAAGUUACGCAUCUGCAUCUCGCGCGCACCCUGAAGCUUGUCUUCGCAACUCUUUCGUGUCGAGUGAUCGGCACGUGGCAGAUUGCGCCGAGUGCGCUGCUGCUGCUAAGCUAGAGACACCAGGGGAGCAGCUGGCGGUAACUACUACCCCCACGGUUACCAAGAAAGAGAUGAGAGAUCAUGUACACUCUCUGGAUUUUGUCGAGCAGCGUAUUGGGAAAAUGGUUGGAAACAAAAAGUAUGAUUCUGGACGCUUGGGGUAUGAGUUUUUUGGGAGUGACGCAAACAUUCCGUCUGACUUGCUGUUCAGCGCCCCGGCAGGAUCGCGGUUCCCGUCAUGGGAUUUCAACGUAUUUACCACGGACACGGUUGUUCUCCCCAAGCUGUUGGAGGAGAUGUAUCUGGAUUUCAAAGUGGACGAGGUACUGAACACGACAAAGCAUCGUCUACAGAACUUCAUUGUGGCCAUGAAAGAGCACUACCACCCGAAUCCGUUCCACAACUUCCUGCACGCCUUCUCCGUCGUCCACGCGGCUUAUCUCCUGCUCAGCACGACGGAUGCUGGUCAAAUGCUUCAGCCGUUGGACAUUGCAGCUUGCCUCGUUGCGUCACUUGGUCAUGAUGUAGACCACCCAGGUCAUACCAACGACUUUGAAGUGAAGUCGGGUUCGCAGCUGGCGAUGCUUUAUAGCGACGAAUCCGUGCUGGAACACCACCACGCUUACACGACAUUCCGCUUGAUUUCGAAGGAGAAGAACGCCAAUAUCCUCCAGAAUUUGACGCCUGUUGACUACCGCCACUUCCGUAAAAUGGUGAUUACGGCAAUCCUGGGCACGGAUAUGGCACACCACUUUAAGUUCUUGGAGUCGAUCGAGAAGUUUCUGCGCCCGGCAAGUCAUCAUGUUGACACAACUGCAAUCUCAUCCGCCAAGCGUGAUAACUCGAGUACAGCUAUCAUUGCGGUUAGCAAAGAUCAAGGGAAACAAGGGCCAGAGAUUUUGACGGUGUUGCGUGAUGCCGUAAUGCAGCCGGAGGGACUUACGGUGGGUACUCCACGAGGAACGAGUAAUUCUGCUCCGAGUAGUUUCCACUCGACUGCUGGUUCCAAGUGCACUCCUGGUCGCACAUCGAGUGGAAGAUUGGCGAAAGGCGGCUGGGUAUUCAAUGGAACUGUGGAUGAGAGGAUAUUCUUGGUGAAGACUCUAGUUCAUGCGAGCGAUCUGUCAGGCCAAGUGUUCCCGAAGCCUAUCGCGUUGAAGUGGAGCAACAUGAUCUCGAAGGAGUUUGCGUACCAGGCGCUGAUGGAACAGGCCGAGAAUAUCCCGAUCUCAUACAGAAACAUCGAUGACCCGCUGAAGAUGGUCGAAGGUCAGCUCUUUUUCGCGCAGAAGAUCGUGUCACCACUGUGGGAUCUCAUGUACAUCAUGUUUCCAGACAUCGAUGAGUGCAUGUCGAACUUGAGAUCCAAUGUUGCGCAUUAUGAGCAGGAGCUACAACGUCUCAAAGAUGCGCGUUUCGAAGAAGGUGUAAGUGCCGAUCGGAUGCGACAAAUGCGCGACGAUCUGGAGCGGCAGUAUGAGCACGAGAGUAAUUACGAGCAGUCCAACAGGAGAGCGCGUCGUGACUCGAUGUGUGGCUGCGAAGACGAAGGAGUGGCGGUGCCAGGACUUGCCAGACAUAAUCCUGCCAAGUUCAAUUCGUUCCGCACGAUUCCGGAGGACGACAGCAACAGCAACAGCAAUAGUAAUAGUGAGAUCGGAGGAGUUGGUUCCGACGGUGAGACAGGUAUUCGAGCUAGCAUAGUUGCAGCCGCGGAGAAGUCUUGCCAGAUGCGCUCAAGGUCUAGCAGCGUUAGCAGUAGUAGCAGUAGCGACUUGGAGAUAGACGAGCAAUCUCUCGUCGUAUACGAAUAAAAUAGUUUCUAGGUUAA